CGCGGGUUGAAGCACAUUCCUGCUUUGCAAGGCUUUCUGCUAAGGAUGUAUUGUGGCUUUUGUUUGGAUUGCAGCAUGCAGAAUUACAGCUGUUCAGAGGAGACUCAUUACAACUCCUGCUGAAGCUCCUAAUCUUCUUCCCUUCUCUUCUACCCUUUCCCCCUACCCUCACUUGGCCUGAAGACGUUCUCCCCAGAGUUUACCUUGCUCCCCUGGUGCUAUGUGUAUGGUGAACCUGGCACUAUGGCCGCGUCUGGGACUGGCCAGACAACUGCUGCUGGCUCUCCUUAUUCCAGGAAGGAUUUAAAGGGGAAUUGCACUGCAGGCAAUGCACCAGAGCAGCAGCAUCAGGAGCUUGGGGAGUAAGGCUCCUCUGGCAUUAUUACACACAUGCAAAGCUGACCGCAAUGACAGCAGCUGCUUCUUUGAACUGUUGGCAGCAGCCAAGCGGCAGCAUGAAGUGACAGAUCACUCCUGAGCUCAAGAUGAACUCCACCUUGGAUGGUAAUCAGAGCAGCCACCCUUUUUGCCUCUUGGCAUUUGGCUAUUUGGAAACUGUCAAUUUUUGCCUUUUGGAAGUAUUGAUUAUUGUCUUUCUAACUGUAUUGAUUAUUUCUGGCAACAUCAUUGUGAUUUUUGUAUUUCACUGUGCACCUUUGUUGAACCAUCACACUACAAGUUAUUUUAUCCAGACUAUGGCAUAUGCUGACCUUUUUGUUGGGGUGAGCUGCGUGGUCCCUUCUUUAUCACUCCUCCAUCACCCCCUUCCAGUAGAGGAGUCCUUGACUUGCCAGAUAUUUGGUUUUGUAAUAUCAGUUCUGAAGAGCGUCUCCAUGGCUUCUCUGGCCUGUAUCAGCAUUGAUAGAUACAUUGCCAUUACUAAACCUUUAACCUAUAAUACUCUGGUUACACCCUGGAGACUACGCCUGUGUAUUUUCCUGAUUUGGCUAUACUCGACCCUGGUCUUCCUGCCUUCCUUUUUCCACUGGGGCAAACCUGGAUAUCAUGGAGAUGUGUUUCAGUGGUGUGCGGAGUCCUGGCACACCGACUCCUACUUCACCCUGUUCAUCGUGAUGAUGUUAUAUGCCCCAGCAGCCCUUAUUGUCUGCUUCACCUAUUUCAACAUCUUCCGCAUCUGCCAACAGCACACAAAGGAUAUCAGCAAAAGGCAAGCCCGCUUCAGCAGCCAGAGUGGGGAGACUGGGGAAGUGCAGGCCUGUCCUGAUAAGCGCUAUGCCAUGGUCCUGUUUCGAAUCACUAGUGUAUUUUACAUCCUCUGGUUGCCAUAUAUCAUCUACUUCUUGUUGGAAAGCUCCACUGGCCACAGCAACCGCUUCGCAUCCUUCUUGACCACCUGGCUUGCUAUUAGUAACAGUUUCUGCAACUGUGUCAUUUAUAGUCUCUCCAACAGUGUAUUCCAAAGAGGACUAAAGCGCCUCUCAGGGGCUAUGUGUACUUCUUGUGCAAGUCAGACUACAGCCAACGACCCUUACACAGUUAGAAGCAAAAGCCCUCUUAAUGGAUGUCAUAUCUGAAGUGGCUCAGUUAUGGGGUUCCCGUGUGUGUGUGUGUGUGUGUGUGUGUGUGUGUGUGUGUGUAUUUUAUCUCUAAGUAUUCCUAAUUCACUAGGAAAUCUGGGACAGAAUACUUUGACUCUAAGCAAUAGCAUGCAAAUUAUUCGUAUGGAUACCUUCUAAGUUUGUAGAAAUGGUUUUCAAAAGUGCUUGUGAAUUAGAAGACUCAAUAUCAUGAAGACAAAUUGCUCUUGCUCUCAGUUUUUGAAAUGUCUUGGAAAUGACUACAGUUCUCAGAUUUAAAAUGAAUAAAGCCAUAUCUAACACCUCUUUCCAGCUGGCAUGACUGAACCUGAGUGUGAAAAGCGUCAGCAUUUUAAAAAGUCAUCACUUUCUUGUCACUUUCUGGGUUCUUUCCAGCUAUUUGGGCUUCAUGUGCAAUUGAUUUCUUCUAACGGAAUAGUAAAAUAUAAAUGAAAAGGUUUUAGAAAUUACUUUUUAUGUAUGCCAAAGCAUAACUACAUUGCAAGUUUCAACACUGUCAUUUAGAAAGCCAAAUGUUCUGUGUUUUAUUCUCUUGAGAGAAUUCUCUGUAGGGUGAAUAAUGUGAACACAUAAACAUUAAUUUUAGAAUUUUACAGUGAACCAUGAAGCAAAAGUGCAAUCAAAUUAUACAAUUUAUGAAAAACUGAGCUACUUUUUGUGCCAUGCUUCACAGAGAUCUAAAGAUAUGUGUGCAUAGAAGUAAUCAUGUAGUACUUUUGGCCAUGCCUUUGUGUUAUGUCUAUAUUUAGAAUAUCUGAAUUGUUAGAUUUCUCUUUUACAGCAAAAUGUGCUUAAGCUAAAAAGUAAUUCAGUGAUAGGCUGUUGGCUGUCCAUUUUAUAAUGGUGACUAUAUACAAAAAUGUGUCUUUAAUAUUGUCUGUUCUUUCUAUUCAAAGACUUCCGAAAUAUUAGAACAUCAGGGAGAAGGGUGUCGGUCAUAAGCAACUGAGUCAGAAAGUAUACCGUAGUAUACAGAUUGUUUUUUUUUAAAUACAAGGGAGUUGAGACAUUUUCUUUGUGGUUAAAUGGAAUCAACUAGUUAUUUUUGAAAAGUAUUCUUUCAGUUAGUGCUAAGGAAUCCACAUUUGAAGAGGAGAAGGGGAAACACUUAAGUCUCUUAUUGCUGUUUUCUCUCUGGAAAAAAAAUCCUUUGGCAUACAGUUCUUAAUGGUCUUUUUUUUUCCUGCCAAAGUACUAGAAAAACCUAUAGGAUUUUAUAAUUCUUCUAUAGAAUUAUUAUUGAGAGUUAUGUGUGUUUGUAUGUAGUAGUGAUGUUUGUUCUUAAAAGUGAUUAUCUUUAGAGCAAGAGGUUUAUUUUUCUAAAAGGAGAGAAGGAAUUCCAGCAGCUCCAGGCAUGAGAGUAUUUCCUCUACUUUUCUGCUGUUCUGGAAAUGUUCUGGAAGUCUUCAAGGGACUUACUUGAUCUCUGCCUUUGGCUAGAGGUUGUAAUCUGAAUGUGACAGUGGUGUUCAGUGAGAUGGAAGAUGGAAGAAACCCAGGGGACAUGGGUUAAAGUGGAUUUCUGAAUCCAAGAAAGGACAUGGAUAUUUAUAAAGCAGGCAGAUAAGCUUUGGUUUUCCAUCAUGAUGCCAGUGUUCUUAUGAUUUUAGGCUUUAGACAUCAACUUGAUUUUAACCUCAGUUGUGUUCUAUUUAAACUUUUUUAUUUUAAGUGACUAAGCAUUACAUAAACAUUCAAACUUCAGAUUCUGGGUUUUUCCCAAAACCUUGCUUGCUCUUUAUGUUUAGUGUUAGCAAAUUUUAUUCUAAGCUGCUUCAAAAUUUAGAACUCAUACUGAAAUUGCAAGUUAUGUUAGAAAUGGCUUGGUUAAAUUGCCAUUUCAAAUGGGAAACCUUUUCUGUUAGAUUCUGAAAAAUGGUUGUAUUGUAUACAUUUUCCCUUUAAGUGGUACAGAUCUAAAAAACCAAAAUUUACCUUUUUUCAUAUAUGUUAGAGAAUGUAACCUGUUCACAUUUGCAGUUUGCUUAUGAAUUUUUAGUUUAGAAAAUAUGGCAAUUUUAAACACUUAAUUUUUGUUGAAAAAUUGAUAUUAAAUCAGCAGGUUUGAUCUUAUUUUGUUGUGUGUGUAUGUGUUGGGAGAGAGGAGAUGCUCCUGGACACAGUAGUGUCCUCUUUAGUGGCUGGGGGUGUUUUCUAUGUGAUAUGUUUGGAAAGUUCAUGUUUAACUGAACUUUUCAUCCUGGCAUAUUUAAUGCAACAUUUGAUGACAUUUAGUUUAAAUACCAGUCUGACUUCAAAAAAA